UAGGAUUAUCGAAAAAGAAAGAGAAUGCAAUUUUUUGGAGGAUCAGAGAUUAGUCCAUCUCCACCAACACCAACAACGACGACGGGGAACAAUGCCCACAUGAUCUACAUAUUCAAUCGGAAUGGAGUGUGCUUGCUUUACAGGGAGUGGAAUCGCCCUCUCCACACUCUCAAUCCCCAACAAGAUCACAAGCUCAUGUUCGGUCUCCUUUUCUCCCUCAAAUCCCUUGCUGCCAAAAUGGAUCCCACCAGCGCUGACAAGGGAAAUUUAGGGGUCCCUCAGUUGCCAGGUCAAGGUUGUUCUUUUCAUAGCUUCCGUACUAAUUCCUACAAACUUAGUUUCAUGGAAACUCCUUCAGGGAUUAAGUUUAUAUUGGUUACUAAUCCUAGGACUAGUGAUCUUCGUGAAACACUCAAGUAUAUUUAUAACUUGUAUGUUGAGUACGUUGCGAAAAACCCACUCUAUACCCCUGGAACUCCAAUCAGGUGUGAGUUAUUUAAUACGGCCGUUGACCAAUACGUGAGGAGCAUUUAGUAGUUAUCUCUUUUUAUUUAGUACUUAUUUAAUACGGCCGUUGACCAAUACUUGUUUAAUACUAACGCUAGUUUUUAACUAUGC